GACAAGAAUGAUUGAUGGGAAACAGACACUGGACGGGGGACACGCAUCCUUCUGCUUCGGAUGCUGACAUCUCAACACAUCUGAGCAGCCCUCGGGAGCCCGCAACACUGGGAACCACUCAGGGUUAUUGGAUGUACAACAGGAAAGCCAACCCACGGCUAAAUUAUCACCUGUUACUGGACAUCUCUUCCAAAAACCAAACUAGACCUGAAUCUGAUAGAUAUGUGCUCCAAGGACGAAGAAGCUGCAAGUUGUUAACACUUAACACAUAAGCAUGUUAAACUUCUGCCAAAGUCAAUACACCUGAACGCACACCGUAUCUUCACAGAUCACAUUUUGUUUUGCAACCCGCUUUGAGGUUUUCCCUCUGUUUUAUAUGUACAUAUAAAUAAUACAUACAUAUAUAUAAAGACUUAUCUCCAAAAACACACACGCACAGAGAUACCUGCGUAUGUAAAAUAGACACUGAUUACAAAUAAGACACAAAGAUUGCCAAGAAUUUAGAGAUGUAUUUGUCAAGAUUCCUGUCGAUCCAUGCCCUUUGGGUUACAGUGUCGUCAGUGAUGCAGCCCUACCCUUUGGUGUGGGGACAUUAUGAUGUGUGCAAGACUCAGAUUUACACAGAAGAAGGGAAAGUAUGGGAUUACAUGGCCUGUCAGCCGGAAUCCACGGACAUGACAAAGUAUCUGAAAGUGAAACUCGAUCCUCCGGAUAUUACCUGUGGAGAUCCUCCUGAGUCCUUCUGUGCAAUGGGCAAUCCUUACAUGUGCAAUAAUGAGUGUGACGCAAGUACCCCAGAGCUGGCACAUCCUCCGGAGCUGAUGUUUGAUUUUGAAGGAAGGCAUCCCUCCACAUUUUGGCAGUCAGCCACUUGGAAGGAGUACCCCAAGCCUCUCCAGGUUAACAUCACUCUGUCUUGGAGCAAAACCAUUGAGCUCACAGACAACAUCGUGAUUACCUUUGAAUCCGGGCGACCAGACCAAAUGAUCCUGGAGAAAUCUCUGGACUAUGGACGCACGUGGCAGCCUUAUCAGUAUUAUGCCACGGACUGCUUGGAUGCGUUUCACAUGGACCCCAAAUCCGUGAAGGAUUUAUCACAGCACACGGUCUUAGAAAUCAUUUGCACAGAAGAGUAUUCCACGGGGUAUACCACCAACAGCAAAAUAAUCCACUUCGAGAUCAAAGACAGGUUCGCCUUUUUUGCUGGACCUCGGCUACGCAAUAUGGCUUCCCUCUACGGACAGCUGGAUACAACCAAGAAACUCAGAGAUUUCUUUACAGUCACAGACCUGAGGAUCAGGCUGCUGAGACCAGCUAUUGGGGAAAUAUUUGUCGAUGAGCUGCACUUGGCACGCUACUUUUACGCCAUCUCAGACAUAAAGGUGCGAGGAAGGUGCAAGUGUAAUCUCCAUGCCACUGUGUGUGUAUAUGACAACAGCAAACUGACAUGUGAAUGUGAGCACAACACUACAGGUCCAGACUGUGGGAAAUGCAAGAAGAAUUAUCAGGGCCGGCCUUGGAGUCCAGGCUCCUAUCUCCCAAUCCCCAAAGGCACUGCAAAUACCUGUAUUCCCAGUAUUUCCAGUAUUGGUAACUGUGAAUGCUUCGGCCACUCCAAUCGAUGCAGUUAUAUCGAUCUGCUCAAUACAGUCAUUUGCGUGAGCUGUAAACACAACACUAGAGGGCAGCACUGUGAGUUAUGCAGGCUGGGCUACUUCAGAAAUGCUUCUGCACAGCUGGACGAUGAGAAUGUGUGCAUAGAAUGUUAUUGUAACCGUUUUGGCUCAAUCCAUGAUCGUUGUAAUGGCUCAGGAUUUUGUGAGUGUAAGACUGGAACUACAGGGCCUAAGUGUGAUGAGUGUCUGCCGGGAAAUUCCUGGCACCACGGCUGUCAACCGAAUGUCUGCGACAACGAACUCCUACAUUGCCAGAAUGGAGGGACCUGCCACAACAACGUGCGCUGCCUGUGUCCCGCAGCCUACACGGGGAUCCUGUGUGAAAAACUGCGGUGUGAAGAGGCCGGCGGCUGCAGCUCCGACUCAGGCCAGGGGCCAACCCCAAAGGGUUCUGUAGCUCUGCUGCUGCCCCUGUUUCUGACCUCUCUGCUCCUGGGGACAGCCAGCUCCCCAGGAUUCUAGGCCUAGCAUCCAGCCAGCCGACAAGGACAAGCUUGUGCCCUGGGGAAAAGCAACCACCACUCAAGCAUUUGCUACAAACCUAGA